AUGACGACUUCGUGGCCAGAACACACCUUGAACGACUCCAAAUUCAACGAUGUAUUUCAGCUGGCUCAGAUAUUUGAAUUACACUGCGCCAAAGUUUACGACCAUGCCGCCACCCACCCCGACGGUGCUGCUUCGGCCGAAUAUGUGAUGCAACUAGUGUCGCAGGCUUAUCGCGCCGUUCACAGUUUGCACAUGCAAAAAAUGGCAUCGACAUAUUUGGAUAUGAGCACUGCAACGGCAGCCUUGGAAAGCAAGGCAAUGGAAUAUCGCGAGAGUCGCACCUUAUCGUCCGCCGACGAGAACAAAGCUUUUGGAAUUGAAACCAAGGACGAGACAACUCAUGUCCCGGAUAUUAGGCUUGAGGAUCUUUUGAAUGAAGACUUUGACGAAGAGGAUGACGACGAGGAUUCCAAUUGGGAAGAGUCUGAAGAAGACACAGACGAUGAAUACUAUGAAUACUGCUCGGGGUCCGAUUUGGAUUCGGAAUUAGAGGAACUUGCAAUGGCCCCAAGAAUUGAGGUUACUGAAGUGACUAGCCUUGUCGAAGAAGACCAACCAUCCUAUGAACAACCAUCGCUGGAACGCAAUACAAUUAUAACCCAGGAGCCCGUCGCAACAGAAACGCCCACACCAACUCCAAUCUCUUUUAUCAAAGACCAAGCUAUGCAUGACAGAAUCACAGCCGCGCUGCAAAGCCUGUCCAUCCCAAACCACGAACCAAACGAGAUUCCACUAGCGAAAGUGGAAACGCAGAUUGAUAACACGGCAAAUCAAAGCACGCCUCCCACAGAUGAUGCCAACAGUGAAGCUACUACCAUUCAAAUUGAGUCGAGUCAAGAAAUGCCUCUCGAAGACUCUGCAACGGUACCAGAUAGCGAAAUACUGGAUUCUAGUAUCGACCCAAAUCGUCUUCGGCGAAAUAGUUCGAUCGGGCUAUCUUCCCGUGGAUUUCCUCGGCGAUUGAGAACCGUGUGCUACAAAUUCGUCGGAAAAGCGAUGGUUCCAAUUAGAGGCAGAUCCCGUUGA